UCGCAAGCGGGCUCUCAAUGAGAGAAAGUCGUCAUACCGCGCGGUGAGCCAGUCCUCUAUGAUCUCGAUAUCUACGACAUCAGAGUUUCUCGAGAACAAGGUUGCACAGUUGAGCUCAGAGCUGGAGUAUCUUGAAGCCUAUCGACAUGGUUUACUCGACGUCGAGAAGGCGGCGAUGGCCAAGGGCGUCGCAAAAGAAUUGAAGAAGGUCGAAAAAAGGAUUCUCCCUGUCGGGAAGGAGCUUGUCUGUCUCAAAAGACAGAAGAAGUUUAUUGAUGACGAUUUGAACGAGAGCCUUCCGAGACAUGCGACAGUUGAAGAUGCAUACGCAGCCUUGAUUGUCAACAAAGUUAUGUCAGCCGGAAUACAGAACUCACGUAACUUCAAACAGACACGUUUUGCGGAUGGAGUUUGUGAGUACUACAAUGCAGUCCAACGCUCCAAGGACGGCAGAAAAAUGAAAUGGUGCCAUAUCUUUGCAGAUUGGCUCCCUGCAGAUUGUGUCAAGGUAGCGCAUCUGGUCCCAAAGCUCCUAGAGUCUGAGGAAUUGAGUUACUUCUUCGGUGUUGGAGAAGUAGUUCUUUCGGCCCCCAACAACGGUCUAACGCUCUACCGGAGCAUGGAGCAAUCCCUCGACCGGGGAACCAUCGUGAUUGUCCCUGUGCCUCCGAAAAAUGCCGACGAAUUGACGCGAUGGAAGUGCGUCCUUGUCGACAAGACAAUGUCGAACCAGACUUUUUUUCCAGGUCGCAAAUAUAAGGAGGUUGAUGGAAAGGAACUUACUUUUCUCGGUACAAACCGACCGGCACGUCGGUAUCUGUACUUUCGCUACAUCGUGACCUACCUAUAUCGGCAGAGGGUCGGGUCCAUGGAUUGGAGAGCAGAGAUCGAAGCACAGGGGAAAAUGUGGGCGACUCCAGGAAAAUACCUUCGCAACUCAAUGCUCACCACUUUGGCCCGGAGAAUUUCUGAUCAGUACUUGCCAGAAGUAUUUUGGAAGGGCAAGUUCGACCAGGCUGAUGGCUGCGCAACUCGAUCUGAAGAGGAUGAGAAGACAUUGGUUAUGUCACUCGAUAUCCGCCUUCGGAGUGAAAGCCAAGAAAGCGUGCGAAGGUUCAUCAGGGCCCAAAACGAAGGGGACGAAGACGAAGAGGACGAAGAGGACGAAAUCGAAGAAGACGAGGAAGACGAAGAGGACGAAGACGAAGAGGACGAAGACGAAGAGGACGAAGACGAAGAGGACGAAGACGAAGAGGACGAAGACGAAGAGGACGAAGACGAAGAGGACGAAGACGAAGAGGACGAAGGCGGAGCUGAGGUCUGA